AAAGGUGCGCGCGAUCUCCGCCGCGUCUCACGCGCUCUGUUCAUCUCUGUGGAUGUAAAAUGAACAUAAAACUAAACUCUGGACUUUACCGCAUUAAACCGGCUUUCUAUCCCUGACACCUUUUUAAAGAACCGGACUUUUACUUAUUUUGGUAAGGUAAAACUUUUGGACUUAUUCGCCUGUUUGAGCGGAUCAAAUUUUGCACGUUUUCCUGAGAAGUAUCACCAUCAAGAUGGAUGGCCAAUGUUACUACAAUGAAACCAUUGCCUUCUUCUACAACAAAAGUGGGAAGUCUCUGGCCAACGAGUGGAAUACAGUUAGCAGACUUGUGAUGGGACUUGGACUUACAGUGUGUAUCUUUAUCAUGCUUGCUAACCUGCUGGUGAUGGUAGCCAUAUACAUUAACCGCAGGUUUCAUUUUCCCAUCUACUAUCUAAUGGCUAACCUAGCAGCAGCAGACUUUUUCGCUGGAUUGGCAUAUUUCUAUUUGAUGUUCAACACGGGGCCCAACACGAAACGGCUAACAGUCAGCACGUGGUUGUUACGGCAGGGUCUCAUUGACACUAGCCUGACAGCUUCCGUCGCUAACCUGCUAGCCAUUGCCAUCGAGCGCCACAUCACAGUUUUUCGGAUGCAGCUCCACACGCGCAUGAGUAACCGUCGUGUGGUUGUGGUCAUCGUCAUCAUCUGGACCAUGUCCAUCGUCAUGGGUGCCAUCCCGAGUGUGGGCUGGAACUGUAUCUGUGCCAUCGCCAGCUGCUCCAACAUGGCUCCACUUUAUAGUAACUCGUAUCUUGUGUUCUGGGCCAUCUUCAAUCUGGUGACCUUUGUGGUAAUGGUGGUUCUGUAUGCGCACAUAUUUAUGUACGUCCGCCAACGCACCAUGAGAAUGUCACGUCACAGCUCAGGCCAGCGACGCAACCGAGACACCAUGAUGAGCUUGCUGAAGACAGUGGUGAUUGUUCUAGGUGCCUUCAUUAUCUGCUGGACGCCUGGUUUAGUGCUCCUGUUGCUUGACGUAUUCUGCGAACAAUGUGACGUGCUGGCUUAUGAGAAGUUCUUCCUCCUUUUAGCCGAGUUUAAUUCUGCCAUGAACCCCAUCAUCUACUCAUACCGAGAUAAGGAAAUGAGCAUCACAUUCAAGCAGAUCUUGUGCUGUCAACGGCAGGAGAACGUUAAUGGUACAGUGGAGGGCUCGGACCGGUCAGCCUCCUCAUUUAACCACACUGUCCUAAGCUCACCACACAAUAAUGACCACUCUGUGGUCUGAACCCAGCAAAGGAACGCAACUGGCACUGCGGGAUCAAACCCCAGACUGGAAGAAUCUCCCUGCUUGGUGGCCGAGCUACUCAGGAGGCAUUUGCAUUAGCAGUGACUUUAUUUUAGAAAGCUAUAGAGUGAUUUAUUGUGAUAUAUAUCUUUUAUACUUGUUCAUUCGUAACACAUUGUUCAGUAUUAAUAGGCUGAUUUACAUGGUAAUGUUUUAGCCAGUGAUGAAGCAGUUUCCCUUGUUCUUUUGCCAAUGCCAGCAACACAAAAA